UCAAAAACAAGUUUAGACAUGGCAGGUGUUUAACUACUGAAGCCAACUGAACCUUUUCAUAUAUAAAUGACAAAUAUAACCAGAUGACAAAAUAUAUCAGUUUCAUAUUAUUUACUUUUGUUUCAAAAUGUAAUUAGCUACGAUAUUUACUAUUAUAAACCCAGCUGCCAAGUGAAAAUUUGGUCGUAGCAGUAACAUUAAUCGUUGUUUACUUGUAAUCGUUAUGGCGAAAUUACCGAUGUUGUUCAAUUACUGCCUACAAGUUUAAUUAGACACUUCGUCUACAUUUUAUAGCAAUGGCGGAGGAUUUGUUUGCCAAAAAGCUUGCUGUAACUAUGCGAUGUUCAGAUAGGGAUGAAAGGAAAGUCUAUCUUCAUUUCAAGAUUGAAAUGAACCAUGUGACAGAUCCUAUCCAGAAAAAGGAACUGGUGAUUCGGCUAACAGAUGAGAAAGACUUGUUCUUUCUCUACACUCUUCAUUUAGGUGAAGAAGAUUUCCAAUGUUUGAAAACUCAGCAAGGAUUAUUGGUCGAUUUUGGUUCCUUUCCCCAGAAAGUGGUUGAACUUCUGAAUUUAUGUUUAUUAGAAGAAGAUAAAGAAGUCCCUAAAUUCAUUUUGCAGCUCUUGAAUCAAGGUGGAGUGAAUCAAAUUCGGCCGAUAGCUGUUUUAAAUAUUGUUGAGACCAAUCCAUUUAAACAUUUGACUCACCUUUCAUUGAAGUUUCUACCUGGACAAGACAGCGAUGUGAAAAAAUAUCUUGCUGAUUGCUUGAAGCAGUUAAAGGAAACCAAUGAAUUGUUACACCAGCGUCUGGAACACACAAACACUGAUUUAUCUCAACGUCUAAAACAGGCUGAAGAAAAACUGUCAACAAGAACAACUGAACUGGAAAGUCUUAAAACUGAAUGGACAUGCAAAAUUAAUGAAUUAACUGCUAAUCAUAAAGAAGAGCUGAGCCUUGAGAAAGAGCAAUGUUUUGAGAUAAAGAACAGCUGUCAGUUGAAAUUGGAGAAUGAACGUAAAGAGCUUGAACAGUCUCAUAUGAGGAUUGUAAAGCAGAUGGAGGCAAAAUUAUUUGAAGCUGAAUCCUCCAAUAAAGAACUACAGGAUAGGAAAUACAAACUGGAAUCUACUCAGCGUGAAUUGCGUUCUCAUUUGAACUCAGCCGAAGAACAACUGCAGCUUGGUAAAAUAGAAAUUCAAAAUCUACGCAAACAAAAUGUAUCGAUGGAUGCAAAACUUCACGAGCAGGAGAAACUCAUCAACCAACAAGGUACUCGCAUUGCUGUUCUGGAACAGGAAUUGAAAGACAAGGAACAAGUGUUGGCUAAGUCUUCUGAUCUUUUAGGUUCAGAGCAAGACCAAAAGAAAAGAUAUGAGGAGGAAUUUGAAUUAAAGCAUCGUGAAAUUUCAAAGCUGGAAAAUAAAGUCAAAGCAAUAUCUGUAGAAGUAAAGAAAGGCAAUGAGAUAAUCCGUAAACUUCAGUCAGAGAACAAGAACUAUCAUGCCAAAGUGAAACUCAGAAGCCAGAUAGCUUCAGAACAGGAGAAGGUGAUUUCCGAAAAAGAUGAUUUGAUAGAGAAUAUGCAGGUAGAGUUGAAGACAUUGAAAGAGAACUCAAGCAAGAAAGAAGAUGAGAAUGAAAAACUCAAAACUAAUUUAGAAAAUGUAACGAAAAAGUUAGAAGAAUGUAAUGAAAUGCUGAAAACAAACGAGAAUGUGAUUCAAUGGCUCAACAAGCAAGUAAAUGAAGUCCAGCUCUCUAGUAGUGGCCGAACAACAACAUUUGAAACUAGUCAUAACAGCACCCAAUCCACUGCAGGCAGUGGAGCCUUCAGAAAUCAUGUUGCCAUGGCUGCACCAGGAUUUCUGCCUUCCAAUUUGAAUCCGUCCUCAAGAUAUCCAACCCAGGACGUCAACAACAUAGCAUCUCAAGUACAUUUAACCAAAAGCCAAAAUAUCAGUUCAAAACCUCAGGUUCAGUAUAAUGGCAUAGCCUCUCGGAGAUUAAAUAUUGCACAGCCUCCCCAAAACAGAAUCAUAUCACCAAUUGCGGAAGAUUGUAGACCUCCUUGCCAGCCAGGAGCUCUCAUUGAGGAAAGCUCUCCAAUUUUGGCUUCAUCAAGAGAACCAGAAAAGGACAUAAUCCAUAAUGGUCAUAUAUCUUCCAAAGGAAAUGAAGCAGAUCCUCAUCAAAAUCCAGUUAAAUCCACAGUUGGGAUACCUCCAAACAAGAACCAUUCAGUGCCUUCCCUUCCAAUUCCCAUCCUGACAUCAUCCAGGUUACCUGCACAUCUUAACAUAAAUCGUCCUAUCCAGCCACCAUUGGCCUCUUCUUAUUUCCCUCUUAAAACAAAACCGUCUUGACAGUUAAAACUAUUUUAUUACUUAAUCAAUAAGCUGGUACUAAAAAAAUCACAACUUUGUGUCGUGUAUGCGUUUUUGUGUGGGAGCAUGUGUGUAAGUGUGUGUGAGUGAAUGUGUGUAUGUGUUAGUAUCAGAAUGGUGCCAAAUAUUGCAGCUGAGAUUUGUUUCUUCUAUCUGUUAUUGAGAAGAUUUCUUUUUUUUUGCUGCCUCUUUUGUUAUUUGUUUUCUUUUUUUUUUAAAAUCUCAUCUUAACUAGAAAGGGAAGACAAGUAUUCAAAAAUGGUGAAAAAGAAAAGAAGAAAAAUGUUAUAUUUUAUCAAAUAAGUUAUCGUUUAUUGAAAAAAAAAAUAGAAGGUAUAUUUGCUUUUGUUGAUGGAAAUCUUGUUAAAAGACACGAACAGAGUUAGUUGUGUAAAUGUAGUCACUACAGCAGCCUCUGCUACCAUAUGUAGAGUUUGUUUGCUUCCAUCUAAUGUCAGCAUGUUGUGCUCUCUGCUGACAUUGUAACUUAUGGUUCAUUUUUUUGCUUUUUUUUGCCUUCCCUUAAAUUGACAAUUAUUGGAGAUGUUUUUUUCGUCUUAGAGAUUGUUUGAAAAUGUAAGAAAAAUAGAAGUAAAAAAAAACAUGUAAUCCUUUUUAUUGUAUAUAAACAUUUUUUCUUUGUUACUUUAAACUUUGUAAAUAUAAUUUAUUUUUUUAUGUUAAAUAUAGAAAUUUUAAAGACAAGAAUGUAAAAAUAAAUGAAAUGUUUAUAUAUACACACACACACUGUGUACCUAAUUUUUUAAUUAUCACAAUUUCCUGUUGCUUACCCUCUCUUCUCAUAUUCUGUAACUCUAUCUUCUAAUGCAACACGUGGCCUUUUAUACAUUGUAUUUUUAUUAUUCAAUGCCUACCCAUCAAUUUAUUACUGCAGUUAGUUUAGUCAUGAAUUUGUUAGCCUGAAAUUAAAUAUUUAAUUUUUUAAAAAUCCUUUUUCUAGAAAAAACCAUUUUUUUUUUUCUAUUGACAUUCUUAAUGACUUACAACAACUAUUUUUGUAUAUUUCUUGUCAUUAUUUCCUUCUGUUGAAUCAAUAAAACGUUAACAUCUCCCUCUGUUA